CAUGGCGAUCAAGCCGCCAUAUUUCUAGUCGGUAUUUCGAACUGUUUGUUAUUCUUAAUCUCAAAUGAUAUAUGUAUUAUAAAGUUUAGAAAUUUGAGUGUUUACACGCCGUUUAACUGUUUCCAGAAGGAAAAAUGUAAUAAAUAGACAUUGGAUUUAGUAAGCUCGAUUAUAUUAUAAACAAAAGUUAACUCGAAAUUGUAAUUUUCUAUUUCGUUAUUUGUUUAUAUCUUGUGCAUACUUUCAUAAAAGAGAUAAAGGAAUAGUUUAAUAUGUCUAACGUUGGUUACGACCUCGAUACAUCUGGCGGGCUUAUGCCGCUUAUACGCGCUCUAAUUAAACCACCAGACGAAGAUUUGAAUGUUACUAAACCUAAGAAACCCCAACAUCCCUAUUACAAACGUCCUGGCAAGGGACACAAUCACGAUUCGUGUGACGCGUGCGGGGAAGGCGGAGAUUUAAUAUGUUGCGACCGAUGUCCUGCCAGUUUCCACCUUGGAUGCUAUGAUCCACCUCUGGACGAAAAUGAUAUUCCAGCGGGGCUUUGGCUGUGCCGCGAAUGUCGCGCAAGUGAUGACAAGCCAGCCAGUACACGUUCUAGCCGAGCACAAUCUCCCAUCGAUUAUAAAUCUGACACAGAUAAAAAGUCCAGAUCACUACGCAACAGUCGUGCUAAUUCGCUUGUUAAAAAGAAAUGUAAAGAUGAUAGCAAAGAUAAAGAGGAAGAAGACACCAAGGAGACUGAGUCGGAAAAGGAACUAUCACCUAUGGAAAUCCUAGUGAAAGCAGCAAAGGUCAUGAAUCCAAAGCAGUUUGAGCUCCCAAGGGAGAUGAGAAUUCCUUGUAUAUUUCCUGGCACUGAAAAGGAAGGUAGUAAAGCUGGCAGUGGUCUGGUGACGGUGGAUGCAUGGGGCUGUGUGCCGUUGCCCGCCAAAUCAUGCUUCGUGUGUCGUGGCACCUGCAAGAUGGCACCACUGCUACAGUGCGAUUACUGUCCACUAUUGUUUCAUCAGGAUUGCCUGGAUCCACCACUGACGGCUCUCCCCACUGGACGCUGGAUGUGUCCCAACCAUGUUGAGCAGUAUAUCGAUUGGAAGCUGGUGCGCUCGGUGAGCGCGACGGAGCGCGUGGCGCUGUGGGAGCGCUUCAGCGGGCCCGUCGACCAGCACGCACUCAAGGUCGACUUCAUACGGCGCGCGCGGAACCCCAGGCCCUCCUUCCGCGUGAAGGUGCCGGUGGGCGCGCGCGGGCGCGUGCACGUGCCGCGCAUGGUGCGCCACCACUACCGCCGCCCGCCGCCGCUGCUGCCCGCGCGCCGCGACCACGUGCGCUGUCGCGACGUCAUAAGGAACCUAAAAGCCGGCGGAGCGUACGACACCGACGACGACGAAGACGAGGCGGAGGACGGCGACUCGAAGCACCAGAUAUGCAUGAACCUGUCGUGUCCGCAGUACUCGGGGGAGGGCGAGUGUCCGCUGCGCGCCGGCCGCGCCGCCUGCUCGCGCCACGCGGAGCCCGAGGACGAGCCCGAGGCUGAAAAAAAUAGUGAUUCCAGUGAAUUCUCAGAUUCCGACUUUGAGCAUCUAACUACUACAGUCAAAAAGCGGAAGGUAUCUCAAAGCGAAGUGAAGAGCCCAGGAAAAAGGUCUACAAAGACCGAGCGACUCGAGCUCUGCGCGGAGGAGGGCGUCGAGGAGCUGCUGGCCACUGUCGAGGAACAACUCAAAAAGUUGGACGAGAGACUCGUCAAAUUGCUUGCUUGGCAACGAUUGCAACAGGUGGCGGCGGGCGAGGCGAGCGCGGGGCGCUGGCGGCGCGGCGCGGUGGGCGCGUGGGGCGCGCGGGCGGCGGCGGCGCUGCGGGGCGCGUCGCGCGCGCGCCUGGCGCGGCUCGGCGUGCGGCGCGGCGCGCUGCCCUCCGAGCUGCUGGCGCGCGCCGAUCGCGAGCGCAUCGCCGCACUGGUGUGGGGGCCCGCCCCGCCGCCGCCCGAGCCGCGCCCGCUGCCGCCACCGCCCGGCCUCGACCUCGCCGACGCGCUCGUCAAGGCCGCGCUCUGCGAGGUGCUCCGCCCCGACGGCGAGGGCGAGGCGUCGCUGGGCGCGGCGGUGGCCAUGCGGCUGUCGGCGCUGUCGGUGGGCAGCGACAGCGCGUGCGACGUGGUGCUGGACGCGCGCUGUCGGCGCGUGUCGCCGCGACACGCCGUCAUCUUCUGCGAUGAGGUGACGCGUCACUUCGAGUUGAUCAACUACUCGGAGUGGGGCUCGCUCGUGAACGGCGUGAUGUUCGCGUGCGACGUGUCGCGCGCCCGCGAGGCGCCGCACGUGCUGGCGCCGCCCGACGACGCGCUGCGACGCGUCGUGCGCCGCCGCCACGGGAAGCCGCCGAGAGUGAACGGGUCGCUGACGGCGCCGACGGGGCGCGAGGCGGGCUGCCGCUGCUCGGGCGCGGCGCCGCCCGCGCGCGCGGCGUGGGAGGGCUCGGCGCUGCUGGCGCACGGCGCGCUGCUGCAGUUCGGCUGCCGCCUCUACGUGUUCAGCAUCACCGACCACGACACGUUCCCGCACCUGCCGGCGCUCGACGAGCCCGCUCUCUGAGACGAUCGUGGCGUAUGCGCUGAUCUUUGUAGUGAACCGGAAACUGAAGUAGCCAGUGUGGCCGAGGAUUGUGAUGAAUGACAGUGUCUAGUGGUGUGAUGGUGGUAUUUAGUAGUUUUAUAUAUAUACUAGUUGUUCGUCCUGAUUUUGCAUUGGGAAGAAUGGGUGAUGAUUAAAAUUAUACUAAUGCUUUGAAGAAAACUUUCCUUUGUCAUUUGAGUAUCUGUAAUGUAUUGAUAUGUUGUAUUCAAUGAAUGAAUAUGCCUAUAUAUACAUAAUAAUGUUCCUGUGUCUAUUUUCAAUGAGUUU